AUGUACCAUCUUAUACGAUCAUUAUAUCUCUAUGCAACAAGCAAGCCAGAAUACUCCAUCAUCCUACUCGGCCUCGAUAAUGCAGGCAAAACUACUCUUCUUUCCCAGAUCAAAGCGCUCUAUAAUACAGCGGUCGACCCCGCGGGCCAAACAGGCGAUGCGCCACCUUCAGACACCGCAGGCAACACCGUCCCAACAGUGGGCCAGAACGUUGCGACGAUCGACCUUCCGGACAUGUACUUGAAGAUCUGGGACGUCGGGGGCCAGAUGAGCCUUCGCAGGCUGUGGACAAGUUAUUACAAGAGUGCACAUGCGGUUGUUUUUGUGCUUGACAGCACAGACCUGGGGAAUGGUGAGCUUGACGAUAUGCCCAGGACUCCCGGCUGGCAUGGACGCAAAAAGAGCUUCCUGAACAAGAUGGAUGAUCCCGACGAGCCGGAGACGCCGUGGACGCCAAUGACGCCAAUGACCCCAACCAUGCUGCUGUCCGGGCAGCAUCAGGGACGGCUGGAUGAGUGCAGGGCCGUACUCGAGACUGUGCUCGAUAGCGAGGACACGGCUGGAAUCCCGAUACUGGUACUGGCCAACAAACAAGAUCGCGAAGACUGUCUGGAAGUGGUGAGGAUCAAGGAGGGGUUUGUGCGGAAAGUGUUUGAAGGCGAAAAGGGAGGCAUGGUUCGAGACAGUCGUGUUCUGCCGGUCAGCGCGCUUCGCGGAACUGGAGUGAAAGAGGCGAUUGAGUGGGUUAAGAGUCGGGUUGUGUGGAACAAGGAGAGUCGCCCUCCAGUCAUGAGAUGA